UCCCAAACAUGACCUUGUGGUGAAUCGGGCCCAAACAAUCCGACCCGUUGAAAGCUGAAAAGCCCAACCACAUCAGAUUGACGUUUCCCGACCCGAGUCUCUCGUCUCACUACAAAAGCAGCCGCCGUGGGCAAAUCGGGCACAUUGUAGAACUGGCCGGAAUAUUCCGCCACCAACGUUCGGUUUUCGAUUCGACCAUACGCCGUCGCUUUUUUUAGAUCUCUAAUUUAACUCACCUUUAAUGGCGAAGGGGAAGGAUGUUGCCGCUAUGGAAAUCGACGAACAGAAUUCCACAGAAUCUGAUCAGAUCAAUAACCCUAAAUUCUCCGUCAACGUGUUGCAGCUCCUGAAAUCGGCUCAAAUGCAGCACGGAUUGCGCUUUGGUGAUUAUGCCCGUUACCGGAGGUACUGCACUGCACGGUUGAGAAGGCUGUACAAGUCGCUGAAGUUCACACAUGGCCGUGGAAAGUAUACCAAGAGAGCCAUUACUGCAAAUACUGUCACUGAAGUCAGGUUUCUCCAUGUGGUUCUAUAUACUGCUGAAAGGGCAUGGAGCCAUGCCAUGGAGAAGAAAACACUACCUGAUGGUCCAAAUGCACGCCAGCGGAGCUACCUCAUUGGCAGGUUGAGGAAGGCAGUGAGAUGGGCUUCUGUUCUGCAAGAGCUGUGUUCCAUCAAAGGAGAUUCAAGAACAUCUCUUGAAGCAGAGGCUUAUGCUUCGUAUAUGAAAGGUUCUUUGUUAUUUGAACAAGAUCAGCACUGGGAUGUUGCCUUGAAGUGUUUCAAAAGUGCCAGAGCUGUUUAUGAGGAACUUGGGAAAUAUGGAGACUUAGACAACCAAGUUUUAUGCCGAGAGCGAGUUGAGGAACUUGAGCCUAGUAUACGAUAUUGCCUUCAUAAAGCUGGGGAGUCAAAUAUACAGACUUCGGAACUAGCCCAGAUAGGAGAAAUGGAAGGGCCUGCUUUGGACCUUUUCAAAGCUAAACUGGAGGCUGUCAUGGCUGAGGCUCGAUCUCAGCAGGCUGCAUCUAUGACUGCAUUUCAUUGGCUUGGUGAAGUUUUUCCUGUCUCAAAUCCUAAGACUCGAGUUUCCAUACUUAAAGCUCAAGAACUGGAGAACGAUAUUAAUGGUCCAGCUGCAGAUUCACUCCCCACAGAGAAAAAACUGGUCAUAUUUGACAAAAUAUUUGCUGCAUAUAGUGAAGCACGGAGCUCCAUACGAAAUGACUUGGCUACUGCAGGUAAUUCUGAAGGCAUGAAAGAUGAACUUAAUGGCCUUGACAAAGCUAUUGGUGCUGUCUUGGGAAGGAGAACAAUUGAACGGAACCAGUUAUUGGUGGCCAUGGCAAAAAGUAAGCUCAGUAGGGGUCGUGAUGAUAAAAACGAAAAAGUCACGAAGCCCGAGGAGCUUGUUCGGUUAUAUGAUCUCUUGCUACAAAAUACUGCUGAUCUUUCUGAUCUGGUUAGUUCGGGAAGAAAUAGAAAGCCAGAGGAAGAGACCUUUGCUGAGGAAUGUGAACUCAAAAGUUUUGGUUUCCGUGCAGAGAGGUGCUUUUACUUGGCUAAAUCCUACAGUUUGGCUGGAAAGAGGGCUGAAGCAUAUGCUUUAUUCAGCCGAGCACGCUCUUUGGCUGAUACCGCUCUUAAGAAACUUCAGAGUUUUAACAAUGCUGAUCAGGUCACUAUACAGGAGUUGAACAAGCUUUACAACGACUGCCGGUCCAAUAUUUGUAUAGAGCAUGCAACCGGGAUUAUGGAGGAGGAGAAAGCCCCAGAGAAUCUUUCAAAGAAAAUAUCGAGCAUAUCAUUAUCAGGAAAUGAUAAGAAGCUCGAGAAACUGCUUCUGGAGAAAUUGGACAGUUACGAAUCGGCUAUGGGUGACCCCACCACAAAGUCAACCCCUCGUAUAGAAGCAUUCCCACCUGCAUUUCAAGCAGUUGCGCGUAAUCCAAUUGUUCUUGAUCUUGCCUACAACUUAAUUGAGUUCCCAUCACUUGACAAUAGGAUGAAGAAAGAAGUGAAGGGAUUCAUAAGUAGGCUUUGGAGAUAAGAGACUUAUUAUACAUGGUUCUGAACUUAAGAUAAUUUUGCUGGCACAUUUCUUGGUUUUCGAAAUUUACUGAAUUUUAGUAAUUUAUUUUUUGUUUGCUAAGUAGGAUACAAAAUUUUAUUUUAAAAUUUGCAAAAAUUUUGAAUUUUUUUUUGACAUUGUAGAACUACAAAACAUGUGAAGUGCGAUAUCUGUUUUAACUGUC